CACGCCGCUGCGUGAGGGUGUGUGUGCGGAGUCCGAGUAAGAUGGCCGUUGGUUAGUAGAGUGAUCUUGGGUUCGGAAAAAAAUACGUUGGGAGCGACUUCGAGAAACGUACACAGGGAGCGGUGGCGAGUGCCUAUACCUGGCCGUGUGUCGGCCCGCGGCGCGCUGCUCUGCCUUUCGGAACCGGUCCGCCCAAAUGACCGCCUUGGAAUGAGAAUCAGUGUCUCCCACCGAGCAGGGGCACAGAAAAUUGCGCGGAUCUGCCAGGGCCGGGGGCUCGCAGGCUGGCUAUGGAGUGGUGCCGACUCCAGACUGGAUGACAGGGAGCCCCCAGAGAGCUGACGACCGGCCGCUUUUCCUGGGACGCCCUGCCAAGGGAGAGUGAUUGCUGGGGGGGAGAGAGGGAGGCGGAGCACCUACUCAUCCAGCCUCCUACUUGACAUCCUCUAUCAUCGUCCCGCCCACCUGCCGCCCUAUAGGCUGCCGCUUGGGUUCCCGAGCUUCCUCCGCCCCCCUCCCCUUUCCCCUUCCCUCCCUGUCCGAACCCCGCCCAUCCCUUCUCUUACCCAUCCUAGUGCCCUUCUUUCGUCUGACCUGUGACCUUUGACCCGUGCGGCAGUCGGCAUGAGCUGGCUGAGCCGCUUGAACCCUCGGCCUCCUGGUGGCAGGAGUAGUCAAAAGAUGGCAGCUCCCGCUCCGGUCACGGCUGACCCCGAGACCUGCCUCAUGGUUUUCGAGAACCACUGGAGACAGGUGUCCUGGGUGCUGGAUCAAUGUGGCGACCCCGGAUUGGCAGGGGUGGACGACCUGACCGCUGUGCGGAACCACACUGACCAAAUGUUGUGUCUGCUGGCGGAGGAGAGGCCGGGGGUCGUGGCUGACGGGGGCGCCGAGUGCAUGGGCCCCAUCCUGGAGCUGGUGGUGACCCAGGACAUCCUGGAGCGGCUGGUGCAGUGGUACCUGCGGCGCGGCCUCGAUGUCGACAGCCAGGGGGCGCUGUUGAAGCUGUUUGAGAUGCUGAUCAGCCGCUCCCAGCAGCCCCUGCUCCAGCACAGGGCAGUCCUGCACCCGCUGCUCAGUCUACUGGGAGUCUGUGCCAACCCCCCUACUGGGUGCCCCCUCGUACUUGAAGGCAGUCUGGUGCUGCUGCUUCACCAGGUGUGUGUGUGUUUGGCUCGCCAGCCCCCCAUGCUGGAGCUGCUGUUCCAGACCGCUGCCCCUCAGGGCGCCACCAACCUACUCAUCUUCUCCUUGCUGGUGCCCUUCAUCCACCGGGAAGGGCCCCUGGGCCAGCAGGCGCGCGACGCCCUUCUGCUCGUCAUGGCAACCUCCGCUGGGAGCGACGCGGUGGCUCGCUACAUUGUAGAAAACUCCUAUUUCUGUCCGGUGUUGGCCACAGGACUGAGCGCUCUGUACUCCUCGCUACCGCGGAAGAUUGAGGUGCGGGGUGACGACUGGCACGCGCUGCGGAGGGAGGACUGGGUGGGCGUGUCCUCGCUGGUCCUCUUCAUGAAUUCUCUGGAGUUCUGCAAUGCCGUGGUGCAGGUGGCGCACCCGCUGGUGCGAGGACAGCUGCUUGACUACGUUCACAACGGCUUUCUGGUUCCCGUAAUGGGACCCGCCCUGCACAAGGUGACACGGGAUGCUUCCUCGGUGGAGGAGAUGAUCGCCAGCACAGCAUACCUCGACCUCUUCCUGCGCAGUGUCACGGAGACCACCCUGCUCAAGACCUUCCUGCGCUUCCUGCUGCUACAUCGCCACGACAACGACGCCAUCCUGGACACGCUGCUCAUGCGCAUUAACAGCAACUCUCGGCUCUGCAUGGUGUCCCUGAGCCUGUUCCGGACUCUGCUCUCGCUCAACUGCGAAGACCUCAUGCUGCAGCUUGUUCUCAGGUACCUGCUGCCCUGUACUCACGUUAUGCUGAGCCAGCGUCGCGCAAUCAGGGAGGCCGACCUCUACGGCAAGUCGGCCCACAAGUUCCUCUCGCUCAUCCCCGAGUGCUGCAGGCUGGACACGGCGCCACCUGGAGACCAGGAUGAAGAUUCUGCCCUCUGGGGUAAAGGUCCAAGCAGCCCAAGCACGGAGUCUCCGGUACACUCCAAACCCAGCACUCCGUCCCGCCUCGCACUCUUCAUCCGCCAGCAGGGCGGUGGAGGGGGCGUGUCUUCCCAGCCCGGCCAAGAAGUACCUCCCCCGUCUCCAGAGAGCCCCGCCCACCAGGUGGGAGAGGGGCGGGACUGGGAGUCAGGCUACCUGGAGUACCUCCAUGAGGCCCGACGCGGGAUCGAGUUGUGCGCCUGGGCGUGUCGGGAUUGGUCUGCGCCCUAUGAUGGAGAAGACCCCUCCCCCCACAGUGCCCCUUGUCCCCCGCCACCGCCCGCUGAGCCUGUACCUCCACCCAGCCAGCAGAGGGCAGCAGCGGCCCGUCUAGACUGGGGUGCGUCAGAUAGGGACAGUGGAGAGUGGGACAUCACCAUCAGUAAGAACUGCAUCAGUCUCACCCCCCGCAGCAAGAAGCGUACCCUGCAGAGGGAGGAGCUCCCCCUGGACGCACCCCCCAUGCCCGUCCUCCCUCCUCCGCCCCCAGUGGCCCACCAGGGGGCGUCAGAGGCCCUGUAUAAUGGGACAGGACAGGACGGGGGUAUGGAGGUAAAGAAGGUCAGGAGGGAUUUAUGUUUGGGAGUCCAUGCUGCCCCGCAGGGCGGAUAUACAGAGCCGCCUCCCCUCCAGGAGGUGUCCGCGCCCCCGGCGGCGUCCUCGGACUCCCGAGACACGGGCCCCCCGGAUCUGGCCGCGGGGCGUGGGCUGGAGUCGGUGGAGAGCCUGAUCGAGGAGCUCCUGGAGCGCGUGCCGGCGGGGGACGGCCGGGGCAUCAGCAUCGAGGCCUUCAACCAGGAGCUGCGAGAGCUGGAGGACAGGGUGCAGGACGGCAGGGUGCAGGACGGCAGGGUGCAGGACGGCAGGGUGCAGGACGGCAGGGUGCAGGACGGCAGGGUGCAGGACGGCAGGGUGGACGCCCCCGCCGCCCGUGUCCGUACCCCCUCCCCCACCGAGUCAGAGCUCUCCGUGACCGAGCCCAGACCCGAGGGCACGGGUGCAGGGGGGUUCGGCUCCCCCCGCCUGACGGGGCAGCCCCCCUCCCAGCCCUACACAGGCCCCUUCGUUGCCGUGCUCUUCACCAAGCUGGAGAACAUGCUGCAGAACUCCCUCUACGUCAACAUCCUUCUGACGGGCAUCGUGGCUCAGCUGGCCAGCUACCCUCAGCCCUUGCUCCGCUCUUUCCUCCUCAACACUAACAUGGUCUUCCAGCCCAGCGUCAAGUCCCUCAUCCAGGUCCUGGGUUCUGUGAAGAACCGCAUCGAGUCCUUCGCGGCGGCCCAGGAGGACUUCCCCGGCAUGCUGAGGAAGGCCCGGCGCUACCUGGCCGCCCGCGGGAAGCUGGACUGGAGCGACUCACCCAUCAGCGUCCCCAGCCUGCGCCGCUCCGACUCACUAGUGAAGAGCCGCAAGCCGUCGCUGGGAGACCUCAUCCUUCGGCACACCAACAGCCCAACGCGCGCGAGGCAGGCCGCCCAGCUGGCACUGGCCCACGUGCGCGACGGCGGCCAGUCACUGCACAGCGCCCUCUUCAGGGGCAGCGCUGGCCACGGCUCGGGCAUCGAGAAGCAAGCGGAGGCGCUGCGCGUUAAAAACGCCGUCUACUGCGCCGUCAUCUUCCCAGAGUUCCUCAAGGAGUUGGCCGCCCUGGCGCAGGAACAUGCGGUCGCCAUGCCUUUUCCCCGCAGCCAGGGAGCAGAAGAGUAAUAUGCUGCCAUUGCUAUAUCUGAACAGAUGGGGCAGUGUGGAGCUCAGAGGGAGGUUGCAGUGAUAACUACACGCUGUCUUUUAUAAAACGCUCUUUUCUAGAAAGCUGCGUUCUUCUUGUACAACUUUAGAAAAUUGCAUAUAGUGUAAAUACUAUUUAUGUGUGUAGGCAGUACACACUCAAGCUUGGAACACAGAGCUAGGGGUGCCCUGUAUAUUCACACACCAUUGUCACAGUAGGCUAAUAGCUUAGUGAGAUUCAGCUACAGACCUACCCAAGGUUGUGCUCUGUAUUAGCUUAGAUGUGUCUGCUCACAAUCACGGGGCUUGUGGGAAAUGUAGUUCUCAGGAUGGAGAUGGGGUGGGUGCUUGGCGGCUCAGGUUUGAGGAAAUCCACCCUCUUUUUAAGAACUGGAAAGGAAGACCAGCCUGACGAGCCCUGUGGCUGAUCACAUGACUGACCCCUUGGGAAGUGGUCGACGUGUAUCUGCAGUGCAUUCGGCUUUCCACAUAACCCCUGCUUCACGCUGCCUAUCUGGGCAUCUGAACUGGAAAACACGUUUCACGACGUCCGGUUUUUAAUGCGUUUUUAGGUCUCAUUUGCUUUUCUUUUAUACAUUUUUAGUGAACUUUUAAUACAUAUCAGCACCUGGGAGGGAGGGAGGGAUAGAUGGAUGGAUGGACUGGGUCUGGGUUGUCCUCAUUUGGUGCGACUGCUCGGAGCUGUCUAGCCCAGCACGCAGCCGGUGUCGCUCUUAAACACAUGUGACCUUUGCCGGGCCUUGCUGCCCUUCAGAUCCCUGCGGGCGUGAGGUUUCACUGUCCUGUCUGUCUUUGUCUGUUAGGUGCGCGCAAGAUCAGUACUCCUGGAUGCCGUGUACUGGGGUUGUGAGUUUCUGCUGAGGGAUUCAGACUCUCCUAUUUCGGUUUAAGGCCCAUAUCCCUGUCUGCUGACCUUUCUGUCUUCUGAAUCCAUUUCGAGUGUCCUGAUUGCUUUGGAGCACAAGUCACUGUUGAAGUAAUUUCAGGUACUAAAUCAAUGUACUCAUAAAUUUGUUUAAGCUAGUAAGGAAUUUCUUUCACCACACUGUUUCUGCAUGGCCCUAGAUAGACACCCACCAUGCCCUGGUCCACAAAAGCAUUGUGGGUAUGUUCACUGCUCCUCUGUUUCUGCAAGCUUUGCUCUUUCUCCCUAAGUUUGCACACCUACAGUGUUGCCCUGCUUAUCGUUGAAUAUUUGCACUAAUUUCUCACGAGGCUGCACUACACUGUUAGGGUGUUGUUUUGUUGCUGUUUUGCGCCACCCCCAUUCCUGCCCCCCUCCAAAGUACAUAUUUGUUAGCCAUAGCAUGGCAGUUUAAUGGGUGUUAAGCACAAGUUUCUGCAUGUCACUCCACUGACCGUACAUGUCAUGUGACUCAUCGCAUAUUAUUUGUGUAUUCUGUAGAUAGACGCUCGAGACUUUUUUUUCUCUCCAUUGUUUAGUGUUAGUGACAGUUUCACUUUUGCUAAGCAGUAUUUUAAGAUGACUUGAAAAUCCCUGAAAUUACGUCAAUUUGUUUCAAUUGGCUGAGACUGGGUGUGGCCAGCCAAUCAGAAGAGCAAGAUUUUGGGAGGCGGUGGAGAGAGCAAAUCCAUCCAAAUCUAUCCCAGAUCAGACAGAUUACUGUGCCAUUCAGAAGUGUUAAUCAUUAAUCCACUUCACAAAUGACUGCUUUUCUAGUAUUUGAUUCAGUCAGUUUUUUAAAAAAAUAUAUAUUUUUAGUAUUUUUAAGCAUGUGAUUGAUGUUCAGAACUCUAAGGGGUGUGAGGCAAUAGGCACAGGAAGAUUUCAGUGGGUCAUGCUUCAGUGAGGAGGCCAGCUGCACUUGUGAUGGGAAGCUUGGAGUAGGAAGUGCAGCAGUUUGCCAUGUUUAGCAAACCGCAGCAGACUCGUGAGGACUGGGGCGGCCCAGCCUACAACAGGCUCAUGGGGACUGAGGCCAUCCGACCCACAGCAGACUCCCGAGGACUGAGGCAGCCCGGCCUGUAGUGGGCUUGUGAGGACUGAGGCAGCCCGGCCUGUAGUGGGCUUGUGAGGACUGAGGCAGCCCGGCCUGUACUGGGCUCGUGAGGACUGAGGCAGCCUGGCCCAAAGCGGGCUCAUGAGGACUGAGGCAGCCCGGCCUGUAGUGGGAUUGUGAGGACUCAGGCGGCCCGGCCUGUAGUGGGAUUGUGAGGACUGAGGCGGCCCGGCCUGUACUGGGCUCGUGAGGACUGAGGCAGCCUGGCCCGCAGCAGGCUCAUGAGGACUGGAGCAGCCCGCAGUGGAUUCGUGAGGACUGAGGCAGCCCAGCCUGCAGCGGGCUCAUGAGGACUGAGGCAGCCUGGCCCAUAGCAGGCUCAUGUCAGGGCACAUGCGGUUUCAUUUCACUUGUAUAAUAUGAAUAUAUGUAUAAUUAUCUGGGUUCUUUAGUGUAAGAUAUCUAUGGAGUGAUGUCCACUUAGUAGAAAAGUGGCUGUGAAUAUUUAGGGUGAAGCAGCCUUGUUUUGAGUAGGCUAGACUUAUGAGACUCUGUGACCAGACCGUGACUGCAGAGUAGGACUGGAUGUAUGAGACUCAGUACUGACCAGAUCCUGACCACACACUGGGACUGGAUGUACGAGACUGUGUACUGACUCGUUUGUGACCGCAAGUUGGUCCCUGCUGCUUUAAGAUUUGGUUGAGUGUUCAUGAUGUAAGCAGGAGCUGGAAAAUCAGACGUCAGGUCUGCUGUUUGAGGUUCUCCUGCGGCCAGCUGCUCCUGAAUGUGUGUGUGAGGCUGUGGGAUUGCGUGGCUUCGUGUUGUUAUGUUUUUUUUUUUCCUGUUGUGUCAUUUUCCUUUAUUUCAAGUAGAGGUGAGUCGUUCAUUGGGCUCCCCUGAAAUCUAUGCAACGGUUAGUUUUGUUUCUCCACCUGUGCUGAAGUGUGGGACUGUCAUGGAUCCUGUACCUACGGCUUAAAUAAGCAGUUCCGAGAGCGGUCCGGAGGGAGCUGAACUGAAGGGACUGAAUCAAACACGGGGCAAAUGAGGAAUGUUGUCGGAAAUAUUUUUAUAUAUUUAAAAAAAAAAAACAGGACAAAAACUUGUGGGAAAGCUGUAAUAAAAAGGGAAUGUUUUUAUUAAUUUAUAAAUGUCUGACUUAGCAAUU